AUGGAGAUGGUUGUAUCCGAUAAGCAGGUUUCAGAUUCGGUAAACAUGAUCGCCGUCACGUCUCCGGUAGUUUCUUCCGACGAAAACGUCACUAAUGUUGCUAGAAUCUGCGGUGAAUGCCGUACAACCAAGACUCCUCUCUGGAGAAGCGGUCCAUCCGGCCCUAAGUCCUUGUGUAAUGCUUGUGGGAUAAGGUGUGUGAAGAAGAAAAGAGAUCUUCUAGGUUUGAGCAGGAAACCGACCAAGAAAAAGGCGGCGGCUCCGGGAAAGGCGGUGGCUCCGGCGAAGGCAGUUAGGUCAAAGAAGGACAAGGCAAGUACUUCCGGUGAAUCUGUGGGAAGUGAUGAAGCAAAGAAAGAAGAAAGGGUGAAGAGGGAGCCGGCGGAUAUGUAUUCGACGACCGAUGAAGUAGAGAUCGCCGCCUUAAUAUUGAUGUCCCUCCGUCACCGUUAA